ACGUUUGAAAAAGAAAAUACCCGAUCGAAGUAAGAAGCUGCGACGUCAACAAUGCAAGAAGCUGUUUCCAUAACAGCGCAAGAAAAGUCUGCCUGAAAGGCUGUGUGAUGUUUUUCUAAGACAAUUACACCGACGCAUUGAAGCUGACAACCUGGAAUGAGGGUUAUAAGCUGCAUGUUGGUAUUUCUUCUCUGCACUCAGCAUGUACAUGGGUGGAACUGUUUUAAGAAUUGCAGAACAAAAAAACCUACUCCCUUGCCAACGCCGAGCACUUGUCUGAAGCUGCCUAUCCUCGGAUACUGCACUCCCUUGAUCGAAGCUUGGUAUUAUGAUUAUAAGCACAAGAAGUGCACAAAAGUCAACCCCUCACUUUGCGGCGCAGGAAAAAACCUUUUCGGGAAUGAAUUGCACUGCAAACAAGCCUGUGCCAAUCCCGUCGGACCAGCGCAGAUUGUCUGCCUAACACCGCCAGUACUUGUAAGCUCUAGCCCAUUUCUGCUGGGUUGGUAUUUUGAAAUUAAAUGCUCAUGCUGCAGAAGAUUCAACUACACCUUGGGUUCCGCAAGUGCGAACAAAUUUUCGACAGAACUGCAGUGUCAACAAGUGUGCCAGCCGAACAAAACACCAAAAGCGGUAUGCAGCCAGAAACCAGUACCGCAACGGUGCUUGCUCCAAAAGCUUCAUUGGUACUUCGAUCAACGUAGAAACAUGUGUUUUCGUUUUGCUCAAGGUAAAUGUGCCAAAAAUAGGAACGGCUUCAAGUCAUUCACAAAGUGCAUGGAAAGGUGUAGUUACUACCUGCCGACAACUGUUUCCAAUAACGCAACUGAAAACCAAGGUCCAGAGUAGACGGUUAUGUUCGUCAUACGUUGGUUCGUGAUAACUUUACAAGUUCCUCAACCUGCUCCUCAACCUGCUCAAUUUUCCGCAUGACUCUGAUGGAAGGCUUUAAAUAAAACGAACUUUUCGUAGCA